AUGGCAUUCGUUUGGGUACAGCAGUGGAUUGCGCUCCCCAUUGUCCUCGAGGAUCAAAUGGGGGACGCACCUUCUGGCCUGCCGGCCUCGGCCCCACCGUCUCAGGAUGAAAGCACAGCAGGCGGUCUUGUACGCGACAAUCCCCAGAGCUCUGCUGCGUACAAGUACAAGACUGCACCAACUGCCAGCCCCUUCCAGCCCGGGUCCCAGCUGGGUGCUCUACCUCAGCCAUCCAACCGCUCCCAUAUUCCUUCACCUGCACAUCUCGCAGGACCCCACCACCAUGCGCAGGAGCACCAUGGCGCGAACCCUUUGAGCAUGGCCUCCAUGGCGGAUGCACUCCCAGAGUAUCCUUCCAUUGACCCUGCCCGUCAUCAACUGGUUCAGCAGCAGUCCGCUCAAGUACCCCAGCAACCCCUCUCCGGCGCGUCGACGCCCGCAGUCGUCUAUCAGCUUCAGCAGAACCUGCAGAUUGCAGGUGGCCCUCACGCUGCGGGGCCGUAUCCUCCUCAACAGCCUGCCUAUGCGCCGGCUCCGUAUGGGCAGACGUUCGCUCCUUCCCACGGCACCCAACCCCACUACGGCUCCUUCCCUCCGAACCAGCGCCUUCCACCUGCAUCGAACACCCCCCACGGCUCAUACCCGACCUUCCAACAAUCCUCCCCCUACAUCUACUACCCCUCUCCCUAUGCGGCCCAGCCCCAGCUGCCCCAGACCUUUCAUGCUCAGCCUGCCCAGCAUCCGGCUUUGUACGCUGGCAGGCAGCUGAGCUCCUCCAAUGUGCCCAUGCCCAGUCUGGGUCAUACCAUGGUGCCGCCUCAGAUGGACGGUGGCUUCGCCCACGGAGCCCGUUUCGCGCCGGGUGCGAUGCCAGGAGGGCAAACACCCGGUACGGCCGUGCUUAGUGGGACUCUCGGUGCUCCAGGUUUGAGCCAACCAGGUCCUGCCACUUCUGUGCCUCGUGGCCCUCCUCGGAAGCCAAAGCAGUCCGGACAUGCUCUGUGGGUUGGCAACCUUCCUCCGGGCACGACUGUCACGGCACUGAAGGACCACUUCUCGCGAGACGCAACAAAGGAUAUCGAGAGUCUCUUCCUCAUCUCCAAGAGCAACUGCGCAUUCGUCAACUACCGGACCGAGGCCGCCUGUACCGCGGCGAUGCAUAGGUUCCACGAUUCUCGCUUCAACGGAGUACGCUUGGUUUGCAGACUGCGUCGGAGUUCGGCUCCAGCUUCGGGUAUACCAACAGGACCUUCGGCCAUGGUCGGAAGUCCGACCGCCAAUCCACCUCCUCCCAAGUCCCCGCAGAAUGUGGACGGUGUCGAGGAACAAGAGGGACCUGAGUCCCCCACUCGGCCAACCGAUGAGCACGCUCGGCAAGCGUCUAGCGCCAAGGAAAGAUACUUUAUUGUCAAGAGUCUCACAUUGCAGGAUCUGGAGUCAAGCGUACGAACGGGCAUCUGGGCAACUCAAUCUCACAACGAAGACGCGCUCAAUAAAGCCUACCAUACCGCUGAAAAUGUCUACUUGAUCUUCUCGGCGAAUAAGUCGGGCGAAUACUUCGGUUACGCGCGAAUGGCUUCGCCAAUCCUCGAGGAUGCAACAUCUCUGCUUGAAUUCCCGCCCAAGAAGGACGUCGCCGAAGCGGAUGACGUCCCCAAGUCGAUCCCAACACCCGCUACGGAAUUCGCGCCCAAGGGCAGAAUCAUCGACGACUCGGCUAGGGGAACAAUAUUCUGGGAAGCGGAGUUAUCCGAGUCGGAAGGGGAAGGAGGAGACGUCGUUAAGCAGGAUUCACACGCCGAGGUUGAUCCCUCUGGAGUGGCACAAGGCUGGGGAAAGCCAUUCAAGGUUGAGUGGAUCUCGACGAACCGACUACCGUUUUACCGCACACGCGGGCUUCGCAAUCCUUGGAAUGCUAACAGGGAAGUCAAGAUUGCGAGGGAUGGAACAGAACUGGAGACCAGCGUGGGUGAGCGCCUUGUCCAGAUGUUCCAUCGCCUAGGGCCUUCGAGCGCUUCAGUGCCCUUGGGUGGGCCUAUCUUGCCGCCUCCUUCAGUCGGCGCGCCGCAGAUGCGACCCUACUGA